UGUCAGUCAGCUGUUUAUUUACAUAUUGCCGUAUGAUGUUAGUUUGUGUUUGCGUUGACUUCGCGAGCGGCAGCACGCGCGCAGUCUGUGUGGAGUUGCACAACAGAUUGUAAGAUGUUUGCUGAAGAUGCUUGCGAAGAGCUUUGCGCUAUUAGCAAAGACUCACAUGUGUGAGUUUCACAAACAGGAAGAGUGCAUCACAUGCUCUGUCAAAUCUAUGAUAAAGCACAAUAUAUGCUCAUAGAUAUAUAUAUUUUGUUAAUUAAUGCAUUCACGUUUUUAUUGCGGAGUGACUCUGGAUCAAGGAUGGUAGCGUGUCUCGAACCUCAAGUCAUACUUUAACUUUUAAAAACAGUCAUGGAGGAGCUGGAUCCAGAGGAGCAGUUCCUCAGGGAUGCCAGAAACGGGAACAUAGAAGGGAUCCAGAAGCUUUUGAUGUCCAAGAUAAAGGAGGAGGCCAAAAUCGACAUCAACUGCAAGGGCAAGAGCAAAUCUAAUCAUGGCUGGACUCCUCUUCAUCUGGCCUGCUACUUUGGACACAAGGAUGUUGUUGAGGCCCUACUGAAGGCUGGAGCAGAUGCCAAUUUACCAAAUAAUGUCGGAGAUACGCCUCUCCAUAAAGCAGCAUUCACUGGGAGAAAAGAGGUUGUAAUGUUGCUUCUUCAGUUCGACGCUUGCGCUUCUGUCAUCAACGGAAUGGCCCAGAUACCUAAAGACAUUACCCAGUGUGCUGAGAUUAAAAGCAUGUUGGAGGCUGCUGAGAGGACUGAAGAGAGGAAACUAGAGGAGCAGCUGCUGGAGGCAGCUCGAGAAGGAGCCAUAUCUACCCUCACAAGACUGCUAAACAUGAAGAAACCCCCGAACAUAAAUUGCACGGACUUGUUGGGAAACACACCACUGCAUUGCGCCGCUUACAGAGGCCAGAAACAGUGUGCCGUCAAACUCCUGCAGUACAAGGCCAACCCCAACAUCAAGAACAAAAUCGAUCAGACUGUUUUUGAUUUGGCUAACGAUGCAGAAAUGAAGCAGAUCAUUACUGGAAAUGUUAUGAAAGGCUUGACGCGACAUGUUAAAAUGUUCGAGGGGCCUCUUUGGAAGAGUUCAAGGUUUUUCGGCUGGCGCUCCUACUGGGUAGUGCUUCAGGAUGGAGUCUUGUCAUGGUACCCUAAACAGUCAGAUGCAGAUUCAAACGCACACCGGCAAGGUUGCAAACAGCUAACACAAGCACAGUGCAUGAUUAAAGCGAAAGAUAAAAGCUAUUUCACGAUCAAGUGCUUUGACGACAGUGUUCACCAUUUUAAAGUGUCACAGAAGAACAGCCCCGAAGCCACCAGAAAAAGGUGGCUGGAGGCCAUAGAGGAACAUUCAGCCUUCAGCACUCAUUACUGCUCACAAGACCCAGACAGCGAGGAAGAGGAAGACAACGUUGUGUCUGUACAUGAGCUUUCUGACUCCCUUCAGCGGGCCGAGGCAUGCCAUCAGAGACUGGAGACAGAGAUGUUGGCCCUCCUGUCCAUGGUGAAAGAAGAUGGCCUGGCGGAACGAUUCCCUGCGACAGUCGUUCAGAAGCUGAAGGAGGUCUGUGAAGCCUCCAGUGAAACCUGCUCCUCACUGCACCAGUGUCUGGGGCUUUUUUCCAAACAGGAAGGAGCACGCAGUUUGAAACUGGAGCAGGAAGUGGAGAAGAAUAAAAUCCUGUCGGAGGCUCUGCAGACGCUGGCCACUGAACAUCAUGAGCUGGAGCAGUCGGUGGUCAAUGGAUCGUCGCCCCGCAGUGUCCUCAGCGAAGACGAGUUCUACGAUGCUGUGUCCGAUUCGGACUCUGAGCCCUCGCUGAGCGGUUGUGAGACAGCCGGCCAUUCGUACGAAGACGCAGAGGACUUCAAGUCCGAGCUCUACUGCAGCAUCUCAAGUAAUCUCAGCGGCAGGAUGUCCCGGGAAGACCGUCGUGGAGAUGAAGAGGACGAUGAUGAGGUGGCCAGAGUGAACGGAGUGAGGAAGCACAGGACAAGUUUACCAGCACCCAUGUUCUCCAGAAAUGACUUCAGCAUCUGGAGCAUACUGAGGAAGUGCAUUGGGAUGGAGCUGUCUAAGAUCACCAUGCCUGUUAUUUUUAAUGAGCCGCUGAGCUUUCUACAAAGACUAACAGAAUAUAUGGAGCACACGUACCUCAUCCAUCAGGCCAAUGCUUUAGAGGACUCUAUUGAGAGAAUGAAGUGUGUGGCCGCGUUUGCCGUAUCAGCCGUGGCGUCUCAGUGGGAAAGGACGGGUAAACCCUUCAACCCCCUGCUAGGAGAAACAUACGAGUUAGUCAGGGAUGAUCUUGGUUUCCGGCUGAUUUCAGAACAAGUGAGCCACCAUCCUCCCGUCAGCGCCUUUCACGCCGAGGGUUUGGAGAAGGACUUUGUGUUUCAUGGCUCCAUCUACCCCAAACUGAAGUUCUGGGGCAAAAGUGUGGAGGCCGAACCCAAGGGCAUCAUCACUCUAGAACUUCCCAAGCAUAAUGAGGCAUACACAUGGAUGAACCCAACGUGUUGUGUGCACAACAUCAUCGUGGGACAGCUGUGGAUCGAACAGUAUGGCAAUGUGGAGGUCAUCAACCACAGAACUGGUGAAAAAUGCUGUUUAAGUUUCAAACCAUGUGGCCUUUUUGGGAAAGAAUUACAUAAGGUUGAAGGCUACAUCCUGGACAAGAGCAAAAAGAAAGUGUACAAUCUUUAUGGGAAAUGGACGGAGUGCAUGUACAUAGUCGACCCAGCUACAUUUGAAACUCACAGGAAGAAUGAUAAGAAAGCAUCAGAAGACAAGAAAAGCAGUAAACAGUCAUCAGACUCAGAAGAAACACCUCAACCAGGUGGAGAUUCACUGGAGGUGAUCCCAGGAAGUCAGUUGCUCUGGAGAAUAGCACCUAGACCAGUCAACUCUGCCCAGAUGUACAACUUCACUACAUUCGCAAUGCAGCUCAAUGAGCUGGACAAAGAGAUUGAAGUGGUCAUCCCGAAAACGGACAGCAGACUGAGGCCGGACAUUCGAGCCAUGGAGAACGGAGACAUCGACCUGGCCAGUGAGGAGAAGAAGAGAUUGGAGGAGAAACAGAGGGCGGCACGUAAGAACCGCUCUAAGUCAGAUGAUGAGUGGAAGACGAGAAACGUCGCCUCGUGCCCCAGGUGGUUUCAUCAAGGUCCAAAUCCACACAACGGCUCUCAGGACUGGCUGUUCUCCAAUGGCUACUGGGACCGUGAUUAUUCUCAAGUACCGGACAUCUACUGACCAACAGGAACCUUACAUCGAUAAAUUGUAUAAUCAAGACUACCCGUAACGUAAAUAUAAAACUAUGCACCCUGGGCUGGUUUGCCAGGUGAACAUUUCAAAUAUCAUAAAUAAUAUUCUGUUUCAAGAGAGAACUUUAUUUUAAACUCACUGAUCUGAAUUUAGUUUUACACUGUUUCAUAUUUUGAUGCAUAUAUAUAUAUGCAGUCGAGGGUUUUGGGAACUACAGAUUGUGAUAUAUCAUGAAGAUAAUAAUCACAAGUUGGGCUUGAUAAAGUAAUAUCAGUGUACUGUAUUAGCAAUAAUGGUUUUGUUUUAGUCUUAUGAAAAAGUUUUUUUUUUUUUUUAAAGAUUUGUUAACAAUGGUAGAUUUUGGGUGUCCCCCAAGGCUCAAGUCUGAGUCCGUUUAGUUUUCAGUUCAUCGGCUUAAAAGUGAACUUGGCAUUUCUUAAGUUGGAACAUUCCCACUGUGUUGAGUAUGGAAUGUGGUAUAAAACAACUGGUUGUGAAAAUGACUGUUACACAUUUGGAAUCUAACUUUUUAAAAUUCAGAGUUCAUAUUCUCCACAUACAAUACAGUAUUAUGACAGUG